GAGUGUCAGGACACUCCUCUCAGAGGUAAUAUUGACAGAGGGAGGAGGUGUUGAAAUAAAGUUUGAAACUAGUCUGAGGGGAUUAGAAAGUGCUCGUCCGUCUUAGCCCGUUGAUUUAUUAUGCCAUCUACAGAGAUGCUCAGCAGAGUUGUACAUCGAUUCAUCAAAGAUACUGCUUGAAAGUAGAAACAGGUUACCAGAAUGGCUACAAUUGGACAAAUAAUCUUUACAAGUAUGAUUGUUCUGAUAGUAGUAAUUUCUGGACUCAUCAUUUUCAUUUUGGCUAUUGCAUUCUCAGUGUCCCAAGGUACUGUUGAGAGCAGUAGCCCCUCUACUGUGGGGAAUCUUGAGGAGGAUGUGGUCCUGGAUUGCAGGUUUCUUAGCAGCAGUGGCAAUGAGCAAUUCAGUGAUGUAUCAAUUACUUGGCUAAAAGAUGCUCUCAGUGGUGUGGUCUAUGAAUACAAGAACAAAGCAGCCCAGCUCCAGGGGCAGAACGAACAGUUCAAAAACAGGGCUCAACUGUUCUCAGCUGCUAUAUCAACGGGGAACGCUUCCCUUCUGCUGAGAAAUGUGAAGAUGGAGGAUGAGGGUGUGUAUCGCUGCACUGUCAAUGCACCAAAAGUCUCAGGGACUACCAGCAUUAACCUCAGAGUGGCUGCUUUCACAGCUCCCACAUUUACUCAACUGAAAAAUGGCUCUCUAUUCGCUGAGGCUCAUAAAUGGUUUCCCCAACCGGAGGUCAGCUGGUCGAGUCCAAGUGGGCAGCUUUUAAACAGCAGCACUUUUUUCAACAUCUCUGCUGGAAUCAUGCAAGUUGCUAGUGUCCUUGAAGACCCAGUAAAAGAGAAUGACACAUACAUCUGUAUUAUCCAGAACAGUCUUGUGAAAGCUAUCUCAGAGGCAACCGUAACAGAAAACAGAGUGACGGAGAGGACAAACUUCAUUUUGAAUGCUGCAUCUACAAAAGUAUCAUCCUUACAUCUUCUGUUCACAGUCAUCCUUAUUCUCUCUGUAAUCCAGACACGUCUCUCCAGUGGUUGAUCAUGUUCAAGCCAAUCAGUUACAGUACAAAAGACUGACAUGUUUUUCUUGGUUGGUUGCUUACAGUACAUACUAAAAUUCAAUCAAUUAACCCCACAUCCUAAACCAUAAUGACAUUUACCAAUAGAAAGAAAAACUGUUCUUUUUUAAACUCUAAACAUUUUACUCUGUGCUUGUGUAGAAACCUGUAGAAGUGGACAUAUAUCCAAAUAGACCCUUUUCACAGACUGUGAUGACGCGUUUUAACGGUCAUCAAUAUCGUAAAUCCUGCAAAGUUUUUUAUAUUUCUAUUUUUUUUUUUUAAACGUAUGUACAUUUAUAACACUAUACUUAGUAUUAUAUUACCUUUGCAUCAAAUUACAAAAAACUAGUUAACGCUGCUGUGAGGGUGUUUCUAAUACACCGGCUAUGGGAGUGAUGAUAAAAAUGACAUCUUUCUCUCUUUGGACUGCCGUUAUCAAUCGCUCUCUAUAUUUUUCCUCUUUUUGAAAGAGUUUUUCUUUUGCUAUUUGAGCAAAUGGAAACACAAAAAAUAUAUUUAAUGUAUUCUCUCAUUCACCAACUAUGACGACUUCCGCUUCUGAGAAACCCGGAAAUGUGAAAAGGGUCUAUUCAUGUUUCACAUGAUAAAUCCUAUGAAUUCUUUCAUAUGAAACAUCUUUUAUUUUGUUAUUGACAAAAUGUAUCAGCUAAUCUGCAAACAUAUGUAAUAUUGUUUAUCAUAGCUUAUUUCACAUUAUUGAAACUGCUCUUGGAAAAUGUUUUGCAUUACUAAUAAAGGAUUUUCAAUACACUCA